CAGAGCCUCUAGGACUGCUUCAGAAUGAGAGAGGAGAGCAGGUUAAUGCGGUGGAUUUGGUGGACUGUGGUCAUAACGGCGUUUUUCCUGGCUGGUUUGCAAAGCCAACACAUUCAAACAGUUCUGAUGACAGUGCAUCCAGCCGCUAUCUGAGAGAGUUCCUGGAUGAAAUGCGACCUGAGAAGAUCAGAGAGCAUCUCAGGAAAUUUACCCGCUUGCCCCACCUGGCGGGUACACAGCAGAACCUGGUUUAUGCUGAGCAGAUCAAGGAGGAGUGGCUAAAGUUUGGACUGGACUCAGUAGAGAUGGUACCCUAUGAUGUCCUGCUGUCCUAUCCCAACAAAUCACAGCCGAACUACAUCUCCAUAGUCGAUCAACUAGGCAAUGAGGUGUUUAACACUUCCUUGGCUGAGCCAGUUCCAGAAGGUUAUGAAGAUGUGACUGAUAUUGUACCUCCAUACAGUGCCUUCUCUGCAAAAGGACAACCUGAGGGGGAUUUGGUGUAUGUCAACUAUGGUCGCACAGAAGACUUCUUCCAGUUGCAGAGGCAGAUGGGCAUCAACGUAACUGGGAAGAUUGUCAUCGUCAGAUAUGGAAAGAUAUUCAGAGGGAAUAAGGUGAAGAACGCCAUGUUAGCCGGAGCAAAGGGAAUCAUCAUGUUCUCAGACCCAGAGGAUUACUGUGCUGCUGGAGUUCAGCCCUACCCUGAUGGCUGGAACUUGCCAGGCGGAGGGGCCCAGAGAGGAAACGUUCUCAACCUGAAUGGAGCUGGAGACCCUCUCACACCGGGAUACCCAGCUAAAGAAUAUGCAUACCGACACAGCCUUGAGGAUGGAGUGGGUCUUCCCAAGAUUCCAGUGCAUCCUAUUGGCUAUCAUGAUGCAAUUCACCUGCUGAAGAAUAUGGGAGGACAAAUCCCACCCAACAACUGGAAAGGAGCUCUGAAUGUCUCCUACAGGAUUGGACCGGGUUUCACUGAUGACUUCAAGACUCACAAGGUGCGUAUGAACAUCCAGACCAACAACCAGGUGACCAGGAUCUACAACGUCAUUGGAAGGAUCCGAGGAGCCCAGGAGCCAGACCGCUAUGUGAUUCUGGGAGGGCAUCGGGAUGCCUGGGUGUUUGGAGGCAUCGAUCCCAUCUCUGGUGCCGCCGUCGUCCACGAAACUGUCAGGAGUGCUGGCCGCCUGCUCAGCAGAGGCUGGAGGCCUAGGAGGACAAUAGUAUUUGCCAGCUGGGAUGCAGAAGAGUUUGGACUGCUGGGAUCUACCGAAUGGGCAGAGGAUAAUGCCAAGCUGCUGCAGGAGAGAGCCGUGGCCUACAUCAAUGCAGAUUCUGCAAUAGAGGGCAUGUACACACUGAGAGUAGACUGCACGCCAUCUCUGCACACUCUGGUGUAUGAUAUCACCAAACAGAUAGCCAGUCCAGAGGAAAGAGAGGAGGGACUUUCUCUGUAUGAGAGCUGGCACAAAAGAGAUAAUUGGACAAAUGAUCGUGAUGCUCCGAGAAUCAGUAAACUGGGCUCAGGCAGUGAUUUUGAGGCCUAUUUCAUCCGUUUGGGAAUCGCUGCUGGCAGAGCCAGAUAUACCAAGAACAAGAAAACAGAGCGAUAUAGCAGUUACCCAGUCUAUCACAGUGUGUACGAGACCUUUGAGAUUGUGGAGAACUUCUACGACCCUUCGUUCCGCAAACUUCAGGCUGUGGCACGGGUGAGGGGCGGGCUCAUCUUCCAACUGGCCGAUUCCCAGCUCCUGCCCCUCGAUGCCAACCAGUAUGCAGUCUCAUUGAGCAAAUAUGCCCAGAGCAUUGCCCAGCUGGCACAGAUGCAUCCUGAGGAGAUGAAGAUGUAUGAGGUGACAUUUGAUUCCCUGUUUUCUGCAGUGGAGAACUUCACCGUCGCAGCCAGGGACUUCCAUGAUCGCCUAGAGACCCUCGACAGAACAGACCCUCUGCAAGUGCGUAUAGUGAAUGACCAGCUCAUGUACCUGGAGAGAGCCUUUAUUGACCCCCUGGGAUUACCUGGCAGACCUUUCUACAGGCAUGUGAUUUUUGCUCCCAGCAGUCAUAAUAAAUAUGCAGGGGAGUCUUUCCCGGGGAUCUACGACUCUCUGUUUGACAUUGAGAAUUCGGCGAACCCAGAGAAGGCCUGGGAGGAAGUUAAACGUCAAAUCAGCAUUGCAGCGUUCACUGUCCACGCUGCUGCCAUGACCCUCACACCACCUGCCUGACACUCACACACACACACACACACACACACACACACACACACACCGAAAUUCAAGCUAUUAAGCAAGUGAUAACUGCUUGCAUGGUGACCUGAGUGAGCAAUCACUUGAUGCGCAGAGACUCAACUUACCACUUGACAGUUACUUCUAACACCUGGAUAUGGAUUAAGAGAGAAGAGACAACUUUGCACAUAAAACACACACACACACACACAUAUGUAUAUACAUAUGUAUAUGUAUAUGGGCAAUGGACAAUCAUAAUUUUCUGAUCCA